AUGGACAAUCAAAGAGUUCCAUUUCCAACAAAAGCAACAAAUAACCCAAAUUAAUUCUUUUCGGCUUUCGAAAGAAAUCAAAACAACAGAAACAAUCCAUAUAAUCUAGAUGAAUCAGGAGAAUAGAUAUUCAAUCGAACUUUUACCAGAAGCAUUGAAUCAAGUCAUUGGGAUAAUGAUAAUUCUAACUUGUUGGCUGAUUUAGAGGAACUUGAUUAAAUUAAAUAAAAACAAGCAGAUCAAAGAAACUCAAAUAAAAAUGAUUUUUCAAAGUUAGAUAAAUAAUAUUUGAACGAGAUGCUCUAAUAGUAGUAAAAAAAAAUAGGCAACAUUUUAGAAGUGAGCUCACCUCAAAAAAGCAGUCCAUAAAUACCUUAAAAAUAAGAAAAUACUUUCUUUCCUGAUCAAGAUUUAAAGUUUAAAAAGCAAACAAGUUAAAAAAGAUCUGCCCUCUAAGGAUCCUUUAAUAUGUUCCAUGGCAAAGAUGAUAACAGACUAGGGGAAACCUUAAUUUCUGAAUAUGUCAGCGAAGACUUCCACAGUUAACACAAUUCACCCUUAAAAGAGUUAGUUAUCACUUAGACUUAGGUUGGCGGAAACAAUUAAAAUAAUCCCUCUUAUUUACAUACAAAUCAAAAUCAAAAUUAACUAAGUGUUUUGAUAAGCUAAUAAGAAGAUAAUGCAUAGUCUACUUCACAUGUUCAUAACGAAUAAUCAGUGCUUUCUAUUCUAAAAGAGCAUGAGCUUGAAAAACCUGUAUAUAUAAACGUUAUGGUUGCGGGAGCUCAAGGCUUAGGAAAAUCUACUUUUAUUGAUGCAUUUCUCAAUAAGAAAUUUCAUAAAGAAUAGCCUGACGUCAUCAGACCAAAGACAGAGGAAAUUGUUGAAGUAACUGGCAUUCGUACUGAAAACAAAAUAAAAUUGCACUUAAAUAUGAUCGAUACACCUGGAUACUCUGAAGAAACAAACAUUGAUGAAUGGAUUGAUAAAAUUAUUAAACAUAUCGUGGGCAAGUUUGAGAAUUACAAAUUAUUUGAAGAUAAAUUGAUCGAAGAUAUAAAAAGUGUUUAGUAGGAAGAUGAUAAAGAUUGCAGGGUACACGUUUGUCUCUAUUUUAUAUAAGGAAGAAGCAUUUCUAAAUUUGAUUAAAAAGCUAUUCUCAAACUUUAAGAACAUGUUAGCAUUAUUCCUAUCUUAGCAAAAGGAGAUACUUACAUGAUUGAAGAAGUGAAAUAAAUCAAGCAAAAUAUUAUUAAAGAUGCACAUGAUAAUAAAAUAAGCUUUUUUGAUUGUGAAGCACCCUUAAAGAACGAUAAAGAAAGACUCUAAAAAUUGAGGAAUGGACCUUUUGGACAUUCUCCACCAUUCCUUAUGAUAUCUUCUGUAUAAAAAAUAGAAAUAGAAAAAUAAAAAAUAUAUGCAAGAAAAUACCCUUGGGGAAUAUGUAAAAUAGAAGAUCCAGAACAUUCUGAUUUCUUGCUUCUUUAUCAACUUUUGAUUGGAUACUUCAUCGCUGAUCUUAAGAAACUAACUGAUAUUAUCUACAAGCAAUAUUUGAAAAAGAAGAAAAAAUAAAUAAAAGAAGAAAAGAAAAAUAAAUAGAAUCAGAAAUUAAUUGGAGGAGGUGUUGCCUUAGCCAUAGCAGGAUUACUUGGCUUUAUCAAAUAUUAAGCCAUUAAAUGA